AUGAUCAAGAAACCAGGCGAAGAAGACCUGAACCCACCGCCAUACGGGAACCAAGCAGGCACCUACCCAGUAAUCGAGCCAUAUCCCACAACAGGCUUCCCAGCUUCGCAUCCUCAGCGCGGUGGACCUUCGCCUCAGCCUCAACUCACCUUUCAAGGCCAGCCGCAGUAUAGUAGUGCCCACCAGCAUCAGCAGCAGGGUCCGACACCUCUCGCCAACGUCCCUCAUACUCCACCGCCGCCUCCACCGGAUGCGUCGGCCAGGUUGUUAGGCCCUAGGUAUACGGUUGCGGUGAACGCUUAUGAACCGGCGUGGAAGAGGUUUUUGAAGGCGUUGGGUAUUGCGCUGUUUAUCUAUCUGUUGUUUAGCAUCUUUGUGGAGAGCGUGGUCGAGGUUGCGAGGUGGACGGUGGGCCAUAGGCAUGGACGUCAUCAGAUUCCAAGAGACUAUCCUGUGCCCGGUGGAAUAGUCUUGGGAGAAUGCACGACUUCGUCCGGUUGGAGGAGAACGAAUCGUAUGAACGAUGCCUACGACUACUACACACCACCCAAACAUGCCCUCGACUUGCUCGAUAAGGAGACGUUCCCUCUCGCAGCUGAAACUUCCUUCUCCUUUCCUCUAUCCAUCUUGCCCUCGUUCGCCAACGCCAGUCGUAAUUCUGGAGCUAAAGCCGAUAUUCCGCUCAGCGCUACCAAAGACAAUGCGUUUAUCGUCCUGUCGAGAGGAUCGAUGUCCGCUGGGGACGCCAAUAUUGUUACCUCGCCGUCGCAGGAGAAGAAUAAAGCCAGUGUGAUAGUGACUGUCCGGUAUUUCGAGGAUAAAAUCAGAGAUUUGGCUAGGGUAUGUUCGAUUGUGGACGGGGAGGGAAAGCGGGGUGUUGGGAUCUUCACUCCCGACCGAGAAAUUCGCGAUCCCAAGAAGCAUAGGAUCUACUUUGAAACCACGCUCAUCCUACCAGAACUUGACGGCGACGAACGACCCUUGAGGGUGAAGAAACUGGAAACCGAUGUUCACAAUACGGCUCACCACUUCGCUGUCGACAAAGAUCUAGUUGCCUUUCACGAAGUAUCGUUCAAAGGCAGCAACGGUGCCGUCACUAUCGAAAAGCCUCUAUCGACUCCUAAAGGCAAAAUCCGAACUUCCAACGGGCCUAUCUCGGGAACCUUCAACACCUCCGACUCGCUGCUGAUCCAGACACAAAACGGGGAGGUGCGAGUCCAAGUAGGAUUGGACUAUCUGGAAGAGAAGGGGAAGAAACCUAAUUUGGAGAUCCGAACUUCGAAUGGACAGCUUCGUGCUGAUAUUUCGCUUUCCGCCUCGUCGAGUUCGUUGGCAGGGUCUUCGAAGCCAGCCUACGAUAUUACAACCCACACCGCCAAUGCUCGUUUAUCGACAUCCGUUCUCUCGACUAUGCCUUCCUCGCAGGGUGUGGACCUAACGUAUGACGGCUCGACAGCCAACUCGCCCGCUUCACUCCGUCUUUACCCAUCCUACACCGGUGAUUUCGUCGUCUCGACGGCGAAUGGUGCAGCGGACCUGAGAAUGUUCUGCGCGGAUCUCCUUAUUGACGAUUCCGUCCUCAAUCAAAAUGAAGCCGAGGACGAAAUGGAGAACGACAACGCGAGUGCAGACAGUGGACGUGGGCAAUGUAAAGAACGGAGAGUGACGAGGAGGGUGGUGAGAAGGAAUAGGAUUGAGGGGAGGAUUGAGUGGUUGGGUGAGAAGGGUAGAGAUAGCAACGGAGGAGAAGGGAGAGUGAGGCUGAGGUCGUCUAAUGGGCCUGCUGUGCUUAGCCUGUGA